AUGGGCCAGUCUAUAUCCCAAAUCUUUGGGGGCAUAGAUCCGUGGUACGUACCAUCGGAACAAUUGGAGGAUUUGGGGAGUUGGUACGAAGAGUCAUAUGAUGAUCGAACUCUGAGACUUGUUGCGCGUAUUAGCCGUAUGAGGUGGAGGGCAAUGCCAGCUCAUCCUAGUCUGGCUAUUGUACCACUUGAGUUCCGUGAUGCAUUGCAAAGAUCGCUAGAAAAUAUUCUCAUCGAGUGCAAUGAUGAUAAAUACAAGACUGAGUGGUGGAUAUAUCGCUUUUGGAAUCUUCUUGAAUGGGCCGUUGAGGACAAGGAAUACAGAAAUGUAUCCGCAUCCACGUUGGAGCAUUUUCAGCGAAUGAUUGACAUGAGAGUCGAAGAGAGACACUCAGACCCUGAUAUUGCUCUCCGUUUAUAUGUCGAUAGACUGAAAGUUAUGGUCAAUAUGCCGGAUUUUGGCCUUUCAGAAUGGUUCAUCUACUCAUUCGCAUUCUGGCUUCGCUGCCAGGAUUUGCCAGACAUGCCAGCACAUCUGGAAUUGCUGGAUCCUCCAGUCGUAUGGGCACCGAUCAAAUAUCCCCAAAACUUAAUCGAGUGUUCAAUUGCUAACCUAACUCGUAGGCCUAUUGGAAACCUACUCGAGCCCGAGGAGGUAGGGGUGUGUGGUGUUUGUCGCGAAGAGGUUGAAGACGGAACGGAAGUUACUGUUUUAGAGCCAUUCUGUUCUCAUUGGUUUCAUACCGGAUGCAUCCAUCAUGUGUUUCAAAUGAGCUCGGGAAGAAAGUUAUGCCCGGCUUGCCGUACUCACAUUGUUCUUAAGGAAUAG